AUGCCGGAGAACCAUCUUCAUCUUUCUGAUGAGCCGCAUGUUGAGGUUGGAAAGAUAGGGAGAAAGGAGAAAAAGAGAAGCUUCUGGAAGUGGCCAGUUCUUCGUCGCAAAACUGGAAAAUACGACCUUGUCCAGGCUGCGAAGAAAUACCAGUAUGAGGCUGAGGUAUAUCAGAAAGUUUCUUGUCAGCCCAUUGAAACACCUGUUGGGCCUGAAGAGGUUCCAGAAGUAAGAAAUGUAAAAAAAGGCUUCUGGAAGUGGCCAGUCUUCCGUCGCAAAACUGGAAAAUUCAACCUGGUCCAGGCCACGAAGAACUACCAUGAAGCCAUGUUAGAGCAAAAAGUUUCUUGUCGGCCCAUUGAAACACCCGUUGGGCCUGAUGAGGUUGCUAAAGCGAGAAAGGAGAAAAAGGGCUUCUGGAAGUGGCCAGACUUCCUUUACAAAACUAGAACAUACGACCUUGUCCAGGCCACGAAAGACUACCAUGAAGCCAUGUUAAAUCAAAAAGUUUCUAGUCAGCCCAUUGAAACACCCAUUGGGCCUGAUGAGGUUCCUGAAGCGAGUAAAGAAGAAAAGGACGUCUGGAAGUCUAGUAGAGCUUCUGCUUCAGAAGACCAUGUCCCUGCUGCUGAGCAGCUAGAGGAGGACGACACAGAAAAUGACACCAUUUUAAGGCAUUAUGAAAUGGGUGACAAGCUGGGCAAAGGUGGAUUCGGCUCUGUCUACAAAGCCACACGCCGCAGGGAUGGACUUGAGGUUGCUGUGAAAUGUACUGUCAAGUCACCGAAGAUGAAGGAAAUGACAGUGCCUGGUUAUGACAAACCCCUCCCUACAGAAAUUGCCCUGACAAUCAUGGCCAACAAUGGUCCCUACGUCCCCGAGAUAAUCCAACUCCUAGACUGGGAGGACAAUGAUGGCCACUACAUUAUAAUCAUGGAGCGACCCAUACCUUGUAUGGACUUGCUUGGCUUCUUACGCCACAAGGAUGGACCUCUUGAUGAGAAGACGGGACGCCAUAUAAUGCGGCAGGCCAUUUAUGCUGUGAGCGUUUGCUUUGAUCGCGGUGUCUUCCAUCGGGACAUAAAGCUUGAAAACCUCCUAGUUAAUCCUGACACUUUGGAGGUAAAGCUAAUAGACUUCGGCUGUGGUGCGAUCGUAAAGAAAUCAGGCUACAAAGUCUUCUGUGGAACAAGAACAUAUUUCCCUCCGGAGUACGAAUUGCAUGGCAGGUACCAUGCACAGCCGGCGACUGUUUGGUCUCUAGGGAUCGUCCUGUUCGCAAUGAUGUGUGGGGCUUUACCCACUGUCUCCGACCACUCCUUGAUCAGGGACUAUCUUUGGUCUAGCCCUGGCCUGUCAAUAGAAUGCUGCCAGAUGAUCUGCGGUUGUCUACAGCCAAACCCAGAUGAGAGACUCGCUCUGCAGGAGAUGCAUCUCCAUAACUGGUUUAAGGUCAUGGAGUAAGACAGGAAAAACAACUCAGCAACCCUAGCACAUCUGAGGACUGCUGCAUUGGAUUGCUCUUUGUAUUAUAUUGUUGCCUUGUCAUCUUCUUUAAUAGUGCAGGGCAACUUACAUAUGAUUACCUU